AUGCGUUCCACCAUCAUCGUUUCCGCUUUUGCGGCUCUUGCUCUUGCAGCUCCUCGUCCUCAGGAGAUCGAGUUCGACCAAAUCGACGCAGUUCCUGACAGCACCCCGGUCGUCGUUCCAGUUGAUGUCAGCGUUGACACUGUUGACAUUCUCCCCAAGGCUGCUGUUGUAGCUGCUGCUGAAGCCGCAGUCACCGAGGUUGCGACGACUGUGAAACGAUCUUUUUUAGAUGAGGGUGAUAACCUCUCCAAGAGAGGCCAAAUCUGCUCUGUUCAGCCAGCGGGAACAGGUCCAGCUGUCUCUCCGGAUGAUGCCCAGACCUUCAAGGACUACCAGCUGUUUUCCGAUAAGGCAAACUUCUAUGCUCUACCAGCAAACGUUCCUCAAGGAUACACUCUUGGUUUCAGCAACCUCAAGGCAUCGACCUCAAUGCUCCCAUACCUAGGAUUCAAGACCCUCGACAAGUAUGAUCCAAUCGCAUGUCAAGUCUACUGUGAUCAGCAAGAAGGUUGCACCGCCUUCAACCUCUACUACGAACGUGAUCCAACCGUGGACCCCAAUGACGCUAGCUGCGACAACCCACCUUCAUUGACUAACAUUAAGUGUGUCCGAUGGGGAGCUGCAGUUUCCACUGCAACUGUUGUCAAUAAGGGUCAAACCAGAGGAAACUUCUCGGUUGUCAUUGCCGGCUCAAACGGUUACAAUAAGAUUGCCCCACCAGGGCCACAAGACGGCUUCAACGGUCCAUCUGUUCUUGGUGGCGCUCUCAACGCACCCCUUGAUCCAAAGACCAAGACCAACACCUAUAUGGGAUACAAGUUUUUCUCUUUCACCGAUUACCCGGCUUUCUCCCAGGGUGUUCUCGCCUGUACCACUGCUUGCAAGGCGCAAACCGCUUACAAUGGCCGUCACCCACCUGCCACUGGAAAGCCAUCCGUCUGCAACCAAGUCAACGUGUAUGUUCUCUCCAAGAACAACCAACCCGAGGGAAUGUACUGCUCCAUGUACAGCGAGUCGUGGGCCUCUGAUUAUGCCACCAACCUCGGUCAAUACAGAGGAUCAGACUUCUACUCUGUCAGCCAGAGUUACACCUACGAGCUGGCCAGCUACGCUGCUACUUAUGGCAAGAUCUGUGCUGUUGGUGGAUGUCCCAACGGUAGCUUCAAGGGUGGAAGCUGUGGUGGUUAUGGUGCUAACGCUGAUGGAACUUGCUAA